CAAAAACAGCUGUUUCAGCGCGCUCUAUUUUCCAAAUAGAUCUAAAAACCCAAAUUGUUAGCGUCCUUUGUGAAAUUGUUAAAGAAAUAAUUUUAAAAUAUUGUACUGAAAGCGCGACUUUAGAGGACUUCCAAUGGACCAGUCUAAGCAGGUUUUGCGAGACUAUUGCGGCGAUGGCACUGGCACCUGCGCCUCGUCCUUGCGGGAAAUCUCCUUGAUUGAGACAGUGACCAGUUUCCUGGAGGAGAAUGGCGCCUCGGAAAUCGACAGAAGGGUGCUGCGCAAACUGGCGGAGGCCCUGUCCAAAAGUAUAGAUGACACAAGUCCGGGAGCUCUGCAAGAUGUCACUAUGGAGAACUCGUAUGCCAGCUUCGAUGCCGCGCGACCUCAGGGCGGCAGCCACUCGCCCAUGGUGAUGCAAGGACGCUCUGUUCGCGAGCUGGAGGAGCAGAUGUCCACGCUGCGGAAGGAGAACUUCAAUCUGAAACUCCGCAUCUACUUCAUGGAAGAGGGUCAACCGGGCGCCCGCGCAAACAAUUCCCCGGACUCUUUAAGCAAACAGCUCAUCGAUGCGAAGAUCGAAAUCGAGAUGCUCAGGAAAACCGUCGAUGAGAAGAUGGAGCUGCUAAAGGAUGCCGCCAGAGCCAUCUCUCACCACGAGGAUAUGCAGCGCAAAGCAGACUUUGACAGCCAGACAAUUAUCGAUGAGUUGCAGGAUCAGAUUCGCGCGUACCAGAUGGCGGAGUCUGGCCAAUCUGGCGAAAACACUGGAGUAUUUGACUCCAAUAAGCUACAGCGCCUGGAGUCGGAGGUUCAAAAAUUGGAACAGGAUCUUCAGGAGGCCGAGGUGCGUAACACGGCGGCCAAGAACGAGAUGGAAUUUGCGCUGGCCGAGCGCCUGGAGACGAUUACAGCCUGUGAGGCCAAGAUUCAAGAACUGGCUAUUAAGAAUGCCGAGCUGGUGGAGCGCCUCGAGAGGGACACCGAAUCUGCUGAGAUGUCAAGCAAGAUAAUAGAGGGCUUAAAGGUCGAGAUUGGCACUUGUCGCGAGGAGAACCAAAAUCUGGUGACCUCCAUAAGUGCUGUGGAACUCGAGCUGGUUCGUCAAGUAAGUUCGUUAAAGGAGGCUACCAACACGAUGGACGUGCAGCGACAGUCUAUCCUCCUCUUGGAAGGCACCAUCAAGCGCAAGGAAAAGUCGUAUGGAAGUAUGCUAAACAGCCUGUUGGAGUAUGAGGCAUUGAUAGCCAAGCUGAACGCUGAGUUGGAAAUCAUGCGGCAACAGAAUGUUUACUUCCGCGACCUCUCCGAAAACCUGCAGCAGAAGGAGCUCCGGCAACUGGAUCGCGGCCUGGCCGUCGUGCAGCCGAUACUCACAGCGAAGAAUGCCGGGUGUUUUGUAUGGCAGUCGGGGGACUUCUUCGCACCAGAGCCUUUGCCACUGGAAAGCCGGUCAGCAGCAGCAACAAACAUAUGCGCAUCCACAGUACCUCCAUCAGCGAGGGCAUCAGCACGGCGGGCAUGCCACCUUGCUGGCCGUGACGGCGCCGAGUACGGCUUUCUACAACUAUUCGCUGCCCAGCUUUACCGGAUUCCGGCAGUUCCUUUGGCGCUGGGGCACGUAGCUCUCAACGUCAUCCUCCUGAUAGUGCGGCUCUACAUCUGCCUGCACACUAACCGGAUGGCGCUUCAAGCCAAGCGAGAACUGGGUGCUCAACUGGCGGACAAAAUGUGCGAGCUGCAAGACGCCCAAGAAAAGCUCAAGGAGCGCGAGAGGAUCCACGAGCAAGCCUGUCGCACCAUCCAGAAGCUGAUGCAGAAGCUGAGCAGCCAGGAGAGGGAAAUUAAGAAGCUCAAUCAGGAAAAGGAGGAGUCGGUCAACAAGGUGAACGACAGCGUUAAGGCGACUAUUUCGCCAUCAACCACGGGCCGAUCGAUGAGUGACAAUGAGGCCAGCUCCCUGGAAAUAUCCACCAAUCUCCGGGUGCGUUACGAGCUUAAGAUCACCGAACAGGAGGAGAAGAUCAAGCAGCUGCAGGCGGAAGUCAAAAAGAAGACGGCCAACCUGCAGAACCUGGUGAACAAGGAGCUGUGGGAAAAAAAUCGUGAAGUGGAGCGCCUUACUAAGCUGGUGGCGAAUCAACAGAAGACGAUGCCGCAGAGUGGUGAAGAGUCCGCCGGCGAAGCAGAUCUUCAACAAUCCUUCACGGAGGCUGAGUAUAUAAGGGCACUGGAGCGAAAUAAGCUGCUGCAGCGCAAGGUCGACGUGCUCUUCCAGCGUCUCGCUGACGAUCAGCAAAAUUGCGCUGUGAUUGGGCAGCUCCGCUUAGAGCUGCAGCAGGCACGCACGGAAGUGGAGAAGUCUGAUAAGUGGCGUAUGGAGUGCGUUGACGUUUGCAGUGUGCUGACCAAUAGAUUGGAAGAGCUGGCCGGUUUCCUCAACUCUCUGCUGAAACAUAAAGAUGUACUUGGAGUGUUGGCCGCCGAUCGACGACAUGCCAUGCGUAAAGCUGUCGAUCGCAGCUUGGAUCUUUCCAAGAGUCUUAACAUGACUCUAAAUAUAACUGGUGCAUCCUUGGCCGAUCAGAGCCUCGCUCAGCUGUGCAACCUCUCCGAGAUCUUGUACACCGAAGGCGAUGUGAGCCACAAGACUUUCAAUUCCCACGAAGAGAUCCACACGGCCAGUUCUAUGACUCCCUCGGUGGAGAACCUGAAAGCGGAAAACAAAGCUCUUAAACGAGAGUUGGAAAAGCGACGCAGCUCUGAAGGACAGCAACAGAGAAAGGAGCGUCGCUCCCUGCCACUACCAUCCCAACAGUUAGAUAACCAAAGCGAAUCGGAGGCCUGGUCAGAGCCAGACCGCAAGGUUUCGCUGGCACGCAUGGGCCUGGAUGAAACAUCCAACAGUUUGGCAGCACCGGAGCAGCCGGCUAGUGAGUCGGAGAGCGAGGGAAGAUCGUGCGCUACCCGUUUGGAUCGCAACCGCAACUGUGAACGUAUUGCCCAGCUGGAGGAGCAGAUUGCUCAAAAAGACGAACGUGUCCUGAACGUGCAGUGCCAGUUGGUGGAGCUGGACAAUCGAUACAAGGAGGAGCAACUACGCUGUCUGGAUAUAAGUCAACAACUAGAGCAGUUGCGAGUCAUUAACGAAGCUCUAACUGCAGACCUGCAGGCUAUAGGCUCGUACGAGGACCAGCGAUUGGUGGAGCUGCAACGACAGCUGGAGCUUAAAACUCAGCAAAUUGAUCAACUAAAGUUGGCUCAGAGCACUUUGACUGCGGAUUCCCAGAUCACCGAGAUGGAGUUGCAGGCUUUGCAGCAGCAGAUGCAGGAAAUGAAGCAGCACCAUGCCGAUUCAGUGAGCAAACUGCAAUCCCAAUUGGAUGAACAAAAACUUCAUGCAGUACAGCAGAUAAAGGAGCAGGAGCGCCUGCACAAGGAGGCUCUUGAGCGCGACUGGGUGCCACUGACGACUUACCAGGAGCAGGCUCAACAACUGUUGGAGCUGCAGCGAUCCUUGGACUAUCACCAAGAGAACGAGAAGGAGCUAAAGCAGACUUUAGUCGAGAACGAGCUAGCCACCCGGGCCUUGAAGAAGCAACUGGACGAGAGUACAUUGCAAGCCUCAAAGGCUGUGAUGGAGCGCACUAAGGCGUACAACGACAAGUUGCAACUAGAGAAACGCUCCGAGGAACUAAAGCUGCAACUGGAGACACUCAAGGAAGAGCAGACAAAACUGCUAAAGAAACGCUCCAACAGCAGCGACGUGUCUCAGUCCGGUUACACUUCUGAGGAAGUGCAAGUGCCCAUGGGACCACCCUCGGACCAAGCUACAUCUUCCAAACUGGCGGCUGCUGCAGUAGUGGCCAACAGGGUCAAUACUUCAUCCCCCGAUUUGGGCAUAGAAAGCGAUGCCGGAAGGAUUUCCAGCGUGGAACUAUCCAAUGCCCAACGAGCUAUGCUUAAAACUGUAGAGAUGAAAAACGAGAGUGCAAUCAUCAAAACGACAAAGUCAGAAGGAACCAGUUCACCCGACACCAAAACCAACCUGAUAACUGCUGCACCCCCAGCUCACGACUGUGCCAAGGUAGAUCUUGAAAACGCCGAGUUGCGGCGCAAAUUAAUCCGCACCAAACGCGCAUUUGAAGACACCUAUGAAAAGUUGCGUAUGGCUAACAAAGCAAAAGCACAAGUCGAGAAAGACAUCAAAAAUCAAAUACUAAAAACGCACAACGUUCUGCGAAACGUUCGCUCAAACAUGGAGAAUGAGUUAUAACAAUCGCGCCGACUUCCAGUAUAUCAGCAUUAACCCGAGAGGCCAUAUACCCAAUGUUUUCUUGCCAUUUUUGUACCGUUUUUGCCAUUUUUAUUUUUGUCUUUUGCUAACUUGAUCUUGAUAUAUUUAUUAUUCUUAUGUUCAAAGAAAACAAAAACAUCGAAGUUAUUAAUACGACAAACCCAUGCAUUUUCUAAAGACUGUUUAGGGAAUCGAACCCAUUGAAUGAAAUAUCACACACCUGUUUUUAGCACAACACAACGUUAACAGAAUAAGUGCUGACAUAAUGUUUUAACCCGGCGCACUCAUUCAUAUUGAAUGACACAUGUAUAUUAAAAUGUAUAUAUCCUCCUAGUACCUAAACACUUACGAAAAUUCUCUAGCGUAAUCCUUCUAAUUCUUGUGUUGAAUAACCCACUUUUUCAUCAAUUGCGUGUAGUUACUGCUUUGUUUUACUGCAAAACUGCUCUUAAACCCUGAUUUCAGUUGAUCAUCGAAACGGAUAUUGAAAUAAUCGUUUGACUUGUACGCCAAAACGGUUAAACACGUUGCCAUCCAAUAACUAUGUUUCGAAGCAUCCCUUUGUAUAAUGUGUAAAAAGUAGGGGCGGUGUCCUGGACGAACAAGACCUAGUAUUUAAGAGAUUUGUACCCUGUCGUUUUAUGAAAUAAAAUAUUGCGUUAGAACUACA